ACUCACUUCCGUUCGUGCUCUUCUGAUCUUUUGUGUACAUUGGCGCUGUGUGACUCGAGGUCUGGAGGAAGAUAACGGGUGCUAUACCAGCCUAUAAACUAAAACAUCGCUGUUCUUUGCACUUGAUGUUCCUAUGUCGGUUACAGUUUAUAACCAGCUGCGGUGAUUCCAAGUCCGGCCCAAACCGCAUCUCGUCCACACUCGCAGAUGGGAGCCCAGUAGCUAGCUGAAAUUGACGAAGACGACGAUGAUGAUGAUGCAUCAGUGGAAUUAUCCCAGUGUCUCCGACUGAGAUGGAGCCAGCGACGCUCAAGUGGAGCUGCUUGCUAGCUAGCUAGCGAGCUAACGGUGCCCGGUUCACUGUUACCGAGCAGCCCUGGAUUACGUGAGCUAGAUGGGCGCUACUGCAGCUCGUUGCAACGUUAUCAGACAUUUACACCCAUGAGAGACACUGACCAUGUCGACUAGCACAUGAUGCUAACGUAACCGUUAAAGGUUAGCUACACGUGACAGGUUUUAUCUCAUUUUUAACCAUUAGAUACAUCUCUGGCCGUCCUUGGGUGCUUCAAUUACAUUAAUUGGACGGUGUGUGUCAGGAUGGCACAGCUCUUGGACGGGUCCGGCACACUGGGCUGGGUUCUGCUCAAGUCUGUGAUCCGUUUUGUGUUCAUGCUUUUCAACAACUGUGUGGCCAUCCCGUCCUACUGCUUGUACCUGGUGCUCCUGCAGCCGCUCAGAAUAUGGGACAGCACUGCUUUCUGGCACAUCGAAGGAAUAAUGUUCAAAUGGUUGCUGGUCAUGGUGUCUUCAUGGGGCUGGAUCGCAGGUUACACAGUAACGGAGUGGGGUGACGACGUACGGCCCAUCUCUGAAGACGAAGCCAUGGUCAUCGUCAACCACCAAUCCACAGGAGACGUGUGCACCCUCAUGAUGUGCCUGCAAGACAAGGGCAUGGUGGUACAAAAAAUGAUGUGGUUGAUGGACCAUGUGUUCAAAUACACCAACUUUGGCCUAGUGUCCCAGAUCCAUGGGGACUUCUUCAUCAGACAGGGUAAAGCUUACCGAGACAAGCAGCUGAUUUACCUGAAAGAUCACCUAGAGAAAUACUACCACAGCCGCGACAGGAAGUGGAUAGUGCUGUUCCCGGAGGGCGGCUUCCUGCGCAAGCGGCGGGAAACCAGCCAGCUGUUCGCCAAGAAGCAUUCUCUCCCCCACUUGACCCACGUCACGUUGCCUCGUCUCGGGGCCACGCAAGUUAUCCUAAAAACCCUGUCAGCCCAGCAGGAGAACGGCAGCGUGGGCAACGAGACUGGGACCCCUAACCAGACGGGUAAUAAACGUAAAGGCCUGCAGUGGGUCGUAGAUGUGACCAUAGCUUACCCCAAAGCCAGACCCAUGGACAUCCAGACCUGGAUCUUUGGCUACAGACCUCCUACAGUCACGCAUGUACACUACAGGAUGUACCCAAUAAAAGAGGUUCCCGUGGAGGCGAAGGCCCUGACUGACUGGCUGUAUCAGAGGUUUGUGGAGAAAGAAGAGUUGCUGACCCACUUCUACGACACAGGAUCAUUCCCCUCUCAAGACGGACUGAAGGAGGCAGUCUCCCGGCCGAUGGUCCUGGACCCCGUGUGGCUGUGCAUUAUCCAGUCGCUUGCGGUCACCUCCGCCUACGUGUGGUACCGCGUCCUCCAGUACCUCUACUGCUGUUUAUUUUGAGCGCGCUGAUGAGGCGAGAGUCUUUUUGUUGGACCACUGGAAAAGCCUCAGGAUUAGUUGGUGUGUGGCCCAGCAUCAUACCUGUCCCCCCCGCCCCCCCACCCCCCCACCCCCUACGAUGGAUGAAUGUACAUUUACAACAGUGGAGAGACUUAACAGGAAUCCCAAAAAAACAAACCAUAUGAAGAACACAAACACGCUGAAUGCAGAUACCAAUACAAUAGGAUACUGGUCACAGGCAUAGCAGACUUGCACACAGCCCUAACACCACACACUCACUCCAACGGCCUAGCAGAAUAAUCUCUCGCACUCGUCACGACACAUUUCGAUGUUUACACGUAGACGCUCACAGGUACAUAACUUUUUAUUCAAAGUGAACGAAACGAGGCUCAGGACUCCUCCAGAGGAUGCUCUGGACCGGACUCUCUCUCUGUUCCCCUCCUAGGCUUUAGCCGUAGUAGUUUUACAGAGUAUAAAGUGUGUAUGGACGCGCGAGUGAAUACAUGUGACUGGAAGCAUAAUGUCUGCCUUUAUUCUUCUUCCUGGCGAGAGUUGAUGAAGCCCACUGGACCUCUCUUUCGGCUGCUGACUAAGCCCGCCUGGUCACAUCUUCCAGAGCGAGCGGCCGUACGGACGAUGAGGCUGCGCAGCCCGCUGCUCCUCUGGCCUUCAUUGCACUAAGGAUCCAUACUGCCCUAACUGCUCCCUGUCCCAGGAAAUGUUCCUGUGUGGUAGCCGUCAAUGUUUUCAUUUUCUUUUGUUUUUCUUCCGUUAACCUGCAUAUCUCCACAACAACGGCCAUUGUAUUUGUUGUUGACGUCUUUCUGUCGAAUUUAUUUCACCCCCCCCCCCCUCCCCUGUCGAGGCAGUAUUCUGAGCUCACUGAGAAAGGAGGAUAAUGUUUACACUGGCAGCCCUGCUGAAAGCCUAAAGGGAUGGUGGCAAUGAUGCGGCUCUUGAUUUAAGGAUUUCUUUGUGAGGCGUUGGAGGGAGGAAGAGGAGAAGGUGCCGAAGUGCUUAUUUUAAAAAGAGGAAGAAGAAAAAAAAGAUGGUGGCACAUGAAGCAAGAAUUGAGUCUGAUCGCCUAAAGAGCAACUCCCUCGUUGUGGAUUCCCCUCGUUGUGGAUUCCCCUUUUCAUGCUCUGCUCUUCAACAGUCGUACACACACUUGACACAAACAUGUGCAGCUACACACAGCAGAGUAGACAUCUGUCGCUAAGGAUCAUCUCAGCAAGUAAGACUGAGAAGGCAGAGACUCUUAUUCCCCCAUUGGACUACAUAGUUUUACAAAUAUUUAAGCCAUAUGCUUAGUGUCGUCGGGUGGGGAAAAGAAAUGGAAAAAUAUGAUUUUUAUAGAAAGCUACCCUAAUGAUCAGCAUUCUAAAAUAGAGAUUUUGGCUUACAGAACUAUAGGUGUCAUUACUGUAAAUUUACAGCAUAACCUGCCUAAGUGAGUGUGUGUGGUUGUCCUAUUCCCCCCCGCCCGCCCCCCUUUUUGAUAUUUAUGAUUCAUGUCGUGUUGCUCUGUUACGUCAGAGUGUGGCGGCAAUUUCACCACGAGUGGUCAAAUUUGAUUUCAUUUUAAAUUACAUGAAACCGUCGUCUUCAUGUCAUGGUAUGUUUAAAUCUUGUACAUAACAAAGCUGAGGAAGAGUUUUAAUUGUUAGGAAUGACGGCAUCGUUUCUCUUUUUGUUCUGUGAUAAUUUCAGAGAAAUUUAGUUUUUAAAAAAGUCAAUGUUUUAAAAAAAGAAAGAGGAUUCUCCCUUCAUUUCUCAGUGUUGACCUUGGUUUUUUAUUUGUUUGUUUAUGUUGAUUUCCUGACUAGGAAGUCGUGUGCUUCAAGACAGAGCUACUGUACGUCCGUGUGCUGGCUGACACAACGUCUGCACAGCGACACAUGGGCCCAGUUUCAAACUUGUACCAUUGUACAUUUUUACGUCAUCAGGAUUUAGUGGAAAACCUUGAAUAUCAAGCCUUACCUGAUGUCCCGGUGGACCACAAUCCCCUAAAUAAUGCUGUUUCCUCACACUCCCUCUCGGCAAACAUUUGUUUUCAGGAUUGUUUCUUGGCGUCGAGCUCAAACCGGGCCAGCGAGGAAGGGAUCGCUCUUCACUGAGGAGGGAAGCUCUGGCAGGGCCCUGCAAUGACGCAGCUGUUCUCUCUCAAAUACACUUGUGUUGUGGUUUUGAGGUCCAUCCUGUAAUUUGCUUAGUCUGCUUAAAUUAGGAAGAUUAUAGGGGAGCAGCAAUUAUCAUCAUCAUCAUGAACAAAUGCAUAAAAUGUGCGUUUUGGUAGUUUACUGCCCUGCCUGCGUGCCCCUGUUGGUAGGAGCAGUGUGGAAUGAGGAGAAAAGGGCCCGACUGGGUCGGUACAAACUCUUUAAAUCAGGCGGUAAAUGUGAUUCAUCCAGCGGCCCUUUCAGAUUCCCCUCCGCCGUGAGAGUGAAAAGAAGCUUCAUCUUUAUUUUUCCUCACCUUCUCACUUCUUUCUUUUUUUUUCUUUUUUUUUUAUUAUUUUAUUUAUUUAUUU